AUGAGAAGAGCAGUGUCAAAGAUACUACCUUCCCCGAGUGGUGGUGGUGGUGGUGGUAGUAGUGGUAGUAGUAGUAGUAACGCAAACUCCACUUCAAAGCUUGGCGCUUCUUCAUUCGCAUCAGCCUUCAAAUUGGACUUUAGCGCUGUUGACGAAUUUUACGUACAGUUGGAUAAUCCGCACAAGACUUGGCUACCGGGAGAUGAAGUGUCGGGACAAAUCGUGUUGAUAUCAAAGAGAAAUUUAGCAAACAUAGUGAUCACCCUCUCUUUGAUUGGGUUUAUCAAAAUUAACGCAUCUUCACAUUCAAAACUACGGCCUUUGAAACAUACCUUGUUCGAUCAUACUAUCAAGAUAUAUGGUGGAAGUGACAAUAUCGCUGGUGGUGGCAACAGCAAUGACGAAGAGUUUACCAAUGGAUUAAACAAGGGAGAACAUGUAUUUCCUUUUAUUGUUAAACUACCGAACAAAAGAGUAUUUACCUCAAUUGAUUUUGGCAAAGGUUCAAUCAACUACUUAUUGCGGGCUUGCGUGGGUAACGCCUCUUCGUUCACAACUGAUAUGUCCAACAAUUUGCCCACUUCACCUGGUGAACUACCCGCUGGCAAAAAGAAAUCACUGCAUAGCCCUUCCUACACUUCAGAAAAGUUGAUAAAUCUUAUCAAUCCAAUUGAUGUGUCAACUUUGCCACGGCCCAAACCCAAAAGACUAAUAUUGAAAGAUCCAAGAGGGAGUUUGACCAAGGACAAGAAACUACUGCGCACGCAGUCUUCAACAUCAACUUUGAAUACGGUGCAAACUUUUGCCACCAUGUCAUCAAACAAUCUGGAUCAAAACUCAAUCAAUGACCAAUCUUCUCACUCAAACUCUAAUGAGCUCGGCCACCAUCAUGAUAGGCUGACAUCAAGUAUCAAUAAACUUCAAUCAACAAUCAAAGUCAUUCUAGAUGUACCACAACGAGGGUAUCUACGUGGCGAAUCAAUACCAGUCAAGUUGACAAUCAACCACUUGAAAAAGGUGCAAGAUCUCAAUGGGAUAAUUAUAACAUUUGUUCGUGUUUGUCGAUUAGAUAAUGGACCAGAUGGAGUUGUUGAGAGCUUUAGAAAGGAUUUACAACAAACUGUCCUACCCUUAUAUGUUGACCCAGUGACAUUGAAUUCCGAGGUCAAGACAUCGCUAAGAGUACCCCCAGAUGCAUUUCCUACAAUAACUGGCUGUCCAUUGGUAUCAUUUCAGUACUUCAUUGAGGUGCUAAUUAACCUCUCAGGCAGAUCAGUGAAUAUCGAUCCUGAUUUAGUUGCUGAGCGACACCUGCCAGACUCAAACAACAAUAUUCAACAACCACAACAAAAGAGCGCGACAUCCAUAGAAUCAUUUCAGUUCAAUUUCAAUUCAACAGCCCAGAAUCAAAAGGAUCGAUCAACAUUUAUAAACACUGAUCGUUUCAAAAGAUCAAAGAAAUUUUUGCAAUUGACCAGCGAGAUCUGCAUUGGAACACAUCGACUGCAACCAGAAGACGAGGAUGUUCAAACACUUUCAUCAACGGAGCCCACAACCACCACCGUUUCCAGACGGUCAUCAUCUUCAAUUUCCAAUUCGAAUUUGUCACCGGCAUUGUUUAAUUCAUCCGGCAACCCGUCACCACAAGUUCAAACUACAUCAACUAAUUCUCCAUCCUUUUUCGGUCACACACCAACGCCACUUCCAUCAUCAUUAAUAGCAACAUCAGGAGGUGUAACAAACUCAGCUGCAAAUUCAGCCUCAAUUAAUGGCCCACCAUCUUCAUUAUCCACGUCUGCAAUGGCAGCCACAAACCCACCCCAACGAUACCCGUACAUUAAUUCAAUACCGGAGUUUAGAGAGUUGAAUCAUUUCCAAACCCCACCAUAUUCAACCAAUGCUGAAGACUCACAAGCACCGUUGUACAGUAAUGAUCAUGCCACGGAUAUUCUGAAUGAAUUUGUGCAGACUUUGCAUCAGAAUUCAGGAUUGUCAGAGAAGGAAAGAAUGCAACAGCAUGAAGAUAGCUUGUUGCCUUCAGCACCACCAGAUUUGGAUGAGGAGGAAGAUGAAGAAGAGGACGGAGAGGUGAGAGUUGAUGGAGUAGGACCAGAAGGAGGAAACGAGGCGGAGGACCGACAGGGAGAUGCCCCCGUAAAUGAACCACCAUCUCAUAACUUUGGCAAUAAUUGCACUCCGCCUCUACCACUUGAGCAUGGUUCAGAAAAUCACAUCAGUUUCUUUACAUUUACUCAACCUACUCCGCCCCCCUCACAACCCGCUCAAAGCAGUCCAAGGGACAGCGAUAACACCAUAAACAAUGGUCAACAGCAACAGCAACAGCAACAACGUUCCGAGUUUGAUGAUUAUUUUGGCUUGCCUUCUUCUCUGUCGACCUCGGAACACCACGAUGCACCAUCAAGUUCAUUAGCUCAUCAGUUAUUCAAUGAUGAUGAGAUUGAUCAUGUACCGGCCUAUGUGUCAGCCAAAGAUGACCAAUUACUUUCUCAGUCGCAUUCGCAUUUGUUGCAUGCUGGUAAUGCAUCGCAACGAGACCAGCAACAACAACAACAACAACAACAACAACGGCAAGACGGAGAGCUUGACAGAACCACAUAG